AUGUCGACGAUUGUGUGCGCGAUCUCGGGGCAGGCGGCGCUGGAGCCGGUCUUCUCGCCCAAGACGGGGCACGUCUAUGAGAAAGGGCUCAUUGAGAAGCAGAUCGAGAAUUCGGGCAAGUGCCCGGUGACAAAGGAGGACCUCACCAAGGAUGACCUGGUGCCCGUCAAGGGCAACAAAUCUGUGCGGCCCCGGCCUGCCACGGCCACCUCGGUGCCGGGGAUGCUGACGCUACUGCAGAGCGAAUGGGAUGCCAUCAUGUCGGAGACCUUCGAGUUGAAGUCGCAGCUGGACACGGCCAGAAAGCAGCUUUCCCAUGCGUUGUACCAGCACGAUGCGGCCUGCCGCGUCAUUGCUCGACUCAUUCGCGAGCGCGACAUGGUGAAAGCGCAGAAUCAGCAGCUGCAGGACCAGCUGGCGAACUCCUCGCCCUUGCCCGGCGGCGCAGUGCGCCAGGAAGCAGAGAUGGGGGUCACUCCACAGAUGCUGCAGAACAUGCAGGCGCUCGCAGACAGCUUGUCGAAGACCAGGAAGCAGAAGCACUUCCCCGAGCUGACGCCUCUCGUGGAUAUCAAGAAGUUCUCCUGCGCUGGGUCUCAUCCCAUCCACAAGUCCACGGAGCCGGGUAUCCUUUGCGUUGACGUGCACAAGACGGAUGGCAAGCGUGUGGCCACGGGGGGUGUUGACGCACAGGUGGUGCUGGUGGACGCGGAGAAGGGCACCAUGGUGCAGAAGUGCACGGGGCAUUCCAAGAAGGUGACGGCGGUGAAGCUCCAUGCCACCGAGGACGUGGUGGUCUCUGCGUCGCAGGACAUGACAGCAAAGGUCUGGAAGUGCAGCGGCGGAGAUUGGACCUCUGCGUACAGCUGCACCCACACUGUGCGGAAGCACCAAGCUGAGGUCGCUGAUGUCUCCAUCCACCCCACAGGUGACUACUUCCUGACCUGCGCCCUGGACAAGAGUUGGGCCUUCCAUGACCUUGCCACCGGGCGCUGCGUGAAGCAAUUUCACGGCGAGAGCAGCUACCCUUGCAUGAAGUGGCACCCGGACGGAAUGAUCCUGGCCGCGGGCACACAGGCCAAUGUCGUGGAGGUCUGGGAUAUCAAGGAGCAGAAGGUGGUGGCGAGCCUGCCGGGGCACGAGGGAUCGGUGGAGGCCUGGAAGCGAGUAAGCGAGUGCACCUCUAGGGUUGCGCCAGAACCGUGA